GGUAGUGUCGUGACGUGACCAACCGCUCCCCUCGCUCGCCCACCAAUAAAAUUUUAAGACAGCACUUAAAUUGGAGCUGAUUUUCCUUUCCUUUUCCCACCCCUCUUCGGCUCAUAUUCAUUUCUCCAACUCAGGGUCCCGGAUUUCUCGCCGGCGGAGAUUUUCUCGCUAAUCUCCGCUUCCCCCGUUCCUUGCGACUCAAACCCAUCUUAUAUAUCUAGCUCUUUCAUCAGAUAAGCUCGCAAGAACAAAACAAAGAAAAUGGCGUUCGAGAAGAUCAAGGUUGCCAACCCCAUCGUCGAGAUGGACGGAGAUGAAAUGACCAGAGUCAUUUGGAAAGCAAUCAAGGAUAAGCUCAUUCUCCCUUUCCUGGAGUUGGAUAUUAAGUAUUUUGACCUUGGACUUCCUCACCGUGAUGCCACUGAUGAUAAAGUUACAGUUGAAAGUGCAGAAGCUACUCUGAAGUACAAUGUGGCAAUCAAGUGCGCAACCAUCACACCUGAUGAAGCUCGUGUGAAGGAGUUUGGUUUGAAGGCUAUGUGGAAGAGCCCAAAUGGCACAAUCAGGAAUAUUUUGAAUGGCACGGUCUUUAGAGAGCCAAUUCUCUGCAAAAAUAUUCCCCGGCUUGUUCCAGGAUGGAACAAGCCAAUAUGCAUUGGAAGGCAUGCAUUUGGAGAACUUUGCUUUUGA